AUGUCAUACAACGAGGAAAUAUAUGCUGUUCCGUUAUCAGACGUGGAGAAAAGUUCUAAUAGAGAUAUCGAUAGUGAUUUAGACAGUGGAAGUGAUAUCAUUGUGAGACAAUUCGAAAUUUAUCACACAAAAAAGAAUAGAGAUCCUAAAGAUGAAACUACGCGUUCACUGGAUCAGCAGAACAACACCGCCCAAAGGAGUAGAAAAUGGUCACCUGACGGACAAACAAUUCCAGCGGGAGAAUUUUCUUCAGAUUUUGGCCUGACUCUCUAUAUCACAGAUUUGCCAUCUCCAUAUGACGUGUGCUGCGCAUUUUUGACUGAUGACAUUAUUCAGUCCAUCGUUUCUCAAACGAAUUUAUACGCAGCACUGCAAGGCAAAAGAUUCAAGCCAACUAAUGACCAAGAAAUUCGCGCAUUUAUUGGUAUAAAUUUUCUAAUGGGAAUCAAUAAACUCCCAAGUUGCAGAGAUGCUUGGAGCUCUAUACCGUAUUUACGGAAUGAAUACAUAUGUCGAGUAAUGAAUGUAAAUCGUUUUGGGUGGCUUCUCAGUCAUAUUUAUCUAAAUGAUAAUAGCCCAACUCCAGCAAGAGAAAGUGCCAACUAUGAUAAACUAUACAAAAUUCGUCCAUUCUUGGACAAAAUACAAGAAAAUUUAAGAAAAAAUUAUAGUCCUGGUUUCGAUCAAACAAUAUCUUCCGAAAAAACAAUCAAAAGAGGAUACAAAUUAUGGCUUCUAGCAGAUAAAUCAGGUUAUUGCUACAGAUUUGAUGUAUAUACUGGAAAAGUUGGCAAUCAAGUAACAACAAAUCUUGGUGAGAAAGUUGUGAAUACUAUUACUUCGGAUUUAGUUGAAAAAGAACAUAAAAUUUAUUUUGAUAAUUAUUUUACAAGUGCAAACUUAUUAGAAAACUUGAAAUCUAAACAAAUUAAUGCUUGUGGCGUUGUUAAUAAAAUGAGAAAACAUUUGCCAUCCUUCAGUAGAAAUAUGAAAAGUCGAGGAGAAUAUGAAUCAUUUGUAAGUGAUACGGGAAUAAUGGCAACACAGUGGAUAGACAAUAAGCCCGUCCUCUUUCUUUCAAAUUUUCACAGUCCAAAACAACAUUCCAUAGUAUACAGAAGAAAUCGUAUGGGGAUUAGAAAAUCGAUUACUUGUCCUUCUUUGAUCGCGGAUUAUAAUAAUAAUAUGAAUGCAGUGGAUAAAUUUGAUCAAUUAAUGUCUAAUUAUAGCCUUCAUCGUCGCAGACUAGGAUUCGAAAUAGGAUCCAAAGAGUUUGACGAGAAAAUGGCGUGGGCUGUAGCAACAUUUAGUUUGGGAGAAUUAGUGACUAUAUGUACUGUGUUGAACCUCGAUUUUACUGGGCAAAAUGAAAAAGUGGCUCAUCGAAUUUAUAGACAUUUAGUAGAUCUGAAUCGAUUAAAUUUAGUUACUGCAUCGAUCAUCUCAGAUCAGAAGAAAAUUCGGAAGACUAUGCUAUGA